CCAACCACUGAGAUCUGCUUGAAUCACUUCUACUUGUAAUAAAUCGUGCAUCGUUUUUGAUAAUCUUUGACUGCAGUCUAUUGGGAACACUCACCGAGUACUUGCACAAAACUACAAUAUAAUGCCUCUUACCGCUGCUGAGUUGCAGGUGCAUCCCGAGUUUCCGCACAUCACAUGGGAUCUGAAGCCUCAGGCUAAGGGCAAGUUGUCUGUUGCAAAGGGGAGGGGAGGGCCUCUUGAUAUCGCGUGGGAGGUACAUGGAGAGGGUGAGAAUAAGAUGGUGUGGAUUAUGGGUCUUGGUGGACUCAAAACCUCAUGGCAGAGACAGACCAAGGACUUUUCGCAUACACAAGGAUCGAAAUACUCCUCUCUGGUCGUUGACAACCGCGGCAUGGGUGAGAGUAGCAAGCCUUUACAACGUUACUCGACCUCAGAGAUGGCCAAGGAUCUUCUCGAAGUCAUUGAUCACGUUGGCUGGACCAAGGAGAGACAAUUGAACCUCGUCGGCAUCAGCAUGGGCGGUAUGAUCGCUCAAGAACUCGCAUACAUGAUUCCCAACCGCAUUGCAACACUCAACCUCAUCUCCACAGCACCUCGACUGGUAAACACAGUCGGCUUUGUAGAAAACCUGCGUAACCGCAUCAACCUCUUCAUCCCUCGCAGCAUCGACGACCAACUAGCCCACGUCAAACACAACAUCUACACCGACGCCUUCCUCGAAGCCCCUGACGGUCUCGAGUAUAAAGUUCAACCUUUCCCAACAAACGGAGACCGCUUCGCCGCACAAGAAGUAGCAAAACGCCAGAUGCCGCAAUACUUCAACCGUACAGGAUUCAUGGCACAAGCGAUUGCUGCAGGCUGGCAUCACAAGACCGAUGCUCAACUCAAGGAGAUUGGUGAUAACGUGGGUAGAGAGCGUAUUUUGGUAUUGCACGGUACAAAGGAUCGUAUGAUUACUUUCCCUCACGCUGAGAUGAUGCUGAAGGCUUUGGGUGGUGAGGAGAGUGGUGUUCGCAAGGCCUUUUUCGAGGAACAGGGGCAUGUGGUGCCUAUUGAGCUCAGACAGGAGUUUAACAAUUUGAUCGAGGAGAUGGUGGAGAAGGGCAAUGCGCUGAACGCAAAGGCAUAAGUGCCUGUCAGGGUUCUUUUGCAAAAUGUAUGUAUAGAGCGUAGAUCGUUUUAUCGUCGUCGAUAUAAUAGAUAGAUGUAUUUUGUUCUCGAGGAAGAAGCGCUUCAAUGUGCAAAUGCAGUAGUUCUUUCUGCUCGUAAAGAG